AUGGCCAUCAAGCAGAAGCCGGACGAGUCCCUGAAGAAUUUCAUGACUCGCUUCAACACAGAAAGCCUGCAGAUCAGGGACAAGGAUGAAAAGGUGGUCAUGGCUGCCUUCAUGAACGGGCUAAGGGUAGAGGAGCUCUACUACAAGCUUGUCGAACAGCCCCCCAAGAAUCUGGGAGAGCUCUUGACCCGGGCUCACGCCGCCGCUAACGCAGAGGAGGCCGGCCGCCUGAAACGGGAGUCAGAUCGGGAACUCGGGGACCGGAGAGGACGGGGAAACCCCCCUGAAACCAAGGACGGUCAAGCCCAGAAGAACGUCUUCGAUCGCCUCUCUAAGGAUAAAACCCCCGCUCAACCGCCGCUCCCGGAAAAAGUGUAUAGCCCCCUGACUCGGCCAAGGGCACAGAUCCUGGCUGUGAUGGAGGCGGAGGGUCUCGGAGGACGGCCGCCCAAGAUGGGGACGCCCCGGAAUAAAAUGAAUCAUGACCGGUACUGUGCCUUCCACCGUGAUGUAGGGCAUGAUACGGAGGGAUGCUGGGCCCUGCGGAAGGAGAUUGAAGACCUGAUCCAGCGUGGUUUCUUGGGGCGGUUUGUGCAAUCAGGACGGCCGGGCCAGGAGACCGGACGUACCUACCGCGUCGAGAGGGGUGGAGAAGGCUACCGCCGGGACCGACCUGAGAAGCGUUACGCGGCUCAAGAUGACUCCCCCGACCAGGGCGCCCAGAACCUGGCAGGGGUUAUAAACACUAUAGCCGGGGGUCCCACGGGAAGAGACAGCCAUACAGCACGGAAGAACAGGCGACCCCCCCCAGACGGAGAUGACUCGCUGAAGCGUCUGCGCAUGGACGAGGAGAUCACCUUCGGACCGAGGGACGCGGUUCCCCUGGCAGCCGGGAAUCAUGAGGCUAUCGUGAUAGACGUCGUCACCAAUAAUUAUCGGGUGAAGAAAGUGUACGUCGAUCAGGGAAGUGCAGUGGACAUCCUGUUCUACAGGGUGUUCAAGGAGCUCGGCCUGGAGGACGGACAGCUAACCCCUGUUCGGACACCUCUGGUCGGCUUUACCGGACCGCCCAUCAAUCCGGAGGGAAUGAUUACCCUGAUGGUCACGGUAGGCCAAGCACCCAGAUGUCGGACCAUCCCUGUCAACUUCGUGGUGGUCAAACAGUCAUCCCCUUACAACAUAUUCCUAGGUCGGCCCGCUUUGAAUGCCCUCCGGGCGAUUCCCUCAACGCUCCACCUCAGCGUCAAAUUCCCCACCCCGGAGGGAGUGGCCGAGGUACAUGGAGAUCCGGAGGUGGCCCGAGCUUGUUACCUCGCCAUGCUCCGGGGACAUGAGAAGGUGGUCGCUCAGGCGACCAGCUUGGAGCCGUACAUCCCAGGGGAGGAGGAUCGACAGUUGGGCACUCAAGACGAGAUCUAG